AUGGCGUCAUCAAUGGAGAGCCGCCAGCAACUUCCUACUCCCCCUCCGGAAUCCGAUGAGCACGGGUCCAAAGUAACGGGUAUCGAAGAGACGUCGGUCGAGCCGCCGAAACCAGCUGGACAGAAACAAACGCCCAACCUCAAGCGACCGGCAGAGGACGACGAUGACGCCGAAACGAAGACGCCCGCAAAGGUAGCGAGGAAAGGCCAAACCACCCGUGAACCGAGAACACCCAAGAAAGCAGCACAGUCCGAAGAAGCGCUUGCAAAGAAGCUUGAGUCCGCCAAGAAGAAAGCCGAAGAAGCUGCAGUCAAAGCCGCAAACGCUGCGAAGAGAAAAGAAACUGCCGAAGCGAAGAAAGCCGAGAAAGAGCGAAAGAAGCAAGUCGCGCAAUGGAAGAAGGACUGGAAGGAUUGGGUGUCCAAGAACCAGACCGAUGAGACAAUCACUUCGGGUGAGCUAGGAAAAAACGUAAACGUCAAAGGCGCGAAGUCAUUCUUCGACAUGAAGCCAGAUGAGCUCAAGUGCAUCCCACAUCGCCCUAGCGUGAACAGUUACAACCAGAUGCCCCAGCGCCAAUACAAAUGGGAUGAUUGCGGAAAGCUGGCUUUUCGGAAAGAAGCUAUGCUCGCUGGUAUAUCGCAGGAGAAUGAGGAGGAAUUCUUCGCCAAAGGGAAGAAGCUGUUUGCCGAUAAACACGCCAGAGGUAAGUACGACAACCUCGAGGUAUGCAAAGGUGGGGGUAUGGGAGACGUCUUUGCACGCUACAAAGAAUCGAUGCGACAAGACGAACUCAGGCGGAUGCGCGAGGAUGAGGAGGAUAGGCUGAUGUGGGAGAAGUAUGGGGACGACCCAAAUUUUCAGCAUAACUGGAGUGGCUACUAG